AUGUCUAGAGAAAAGAUAGUUCAUGUCACACUUGGCAAAAAAGCAAAGGGAAAAAUCAAUGGCUUAAGGAAUGUGACCAAUUCCAGUCACGAGGAGAUGCUUUUAAGGAGAAUCUCAAUGGAAAAAGUGAACAACAUAAAUUAUCCAUGUGAUCAAAGGAGGGAAAUGAACUUCUACAAAUCCAAAGGUGGUGACACCAACAAGGGGAAGGCUGAUGGUCAGGCUGGAGGUUCUUCCAAUUUUGAACAACCUUUAGUGAUUCAGAAGAAGCCAAAGAAGAAUAUCAAUUAUGGCAUAAGUAGUAAUGUUAUGUAUUCUCAUGAUUAUAGAGAUACUUCUCUCCACAAUAUUCCACUUGAUUUUAAGUCUGAUCUAGCUACUGGUGGAGAUAUGAGAAAUAUUUAUGACACUCUAAUGUCUUAUGAGCCUCAAGUACAUAAGGAGAAUGAUGAUCAUGUUCAUGAAUAUGUUAAGGUUGAUAUUGGUAUAGCUGAUGGUGGUGUUAAUUACAAUGGUAAUCCAUUUGAAGUUGUGAAUUAA